AUGGAAACCAAAGAAUCCCCUGGGAAAGAAGGUAUGGGAGCCAAGAGGAAGAAUUUGACCUUCUUGAAACACAGACUGUACAUGUUGGAGAGAAGGAAGACAGAUACCGUUGUUGAGAACAGUGUUUCUGUGGACCAGGGUAACUCUGGCACUUUGAGGAGGAGCCAAUCCGACAGGACAGAAUACAGCCAGAAAUUACAAGAAAAGAUGGCCCCCCAAGCAGGAUCCUUGCCACCCGUCACAUCACUGAAGGAGAAUGAAGAGAAGCUGACCAGGCAAAUGAUGGCCAAGAGAGUAAAAAUCAUUGCAGAACUGGUACAGACAGAGAAGGACUACCUCCAUGACCUGGAGCUAUGCAUCAGGGAAAUAGUCCAGCCCUUAAGAAACAAGCAGAUUGUUAGGUUUGACGUGGACGGCUUGUUUAGCAACAUUGAAUCAGUCCAUCAGAUAUCAGCCAAACUGUUGUCAUUGUUGGAAGAAGCCACAGCAGACGUGGAACCACCUAUGCAAGUAAUUGGGGAAGUCUUCUUGAAGAUUAAAGGCCCACUAGAAGACACAUAUAAAAUCUACUGCUAUCACCACGACGAUGCACACACCAUGCUCGAAUCCUAUGAAAAGGAUGAAGCACUGAAGCAGCAUUUAAAACACUGUGUACAGUCCUUAAAAAAGAUAUAUGAGGAAGAAGGAAAAUCAAAUUUAAUGGACAUGGGAUCCCUGAUGAUCAAACCAAUACAGCGUGUGAUGAAAUACCCUUUGUUACUAUGUGAGCUCUUGAAUUCGACUCCUGCUUCUCACCCUGACCACAAGGCACUGCAAGACGCCUUCGCUGCUGUGAAAGACAUUAAUGUGAACAUCAAUGAACUUAAAAGAAGGAAAGAUUUAGUGUUGAAGUAUAAGAAGAAUGAUGAAGAAGAAUCUCUUAAAGAGAAGUUAUGCAGAUUGAAUAUUCACUCCAUUAGCAAGAAAUCCAAGAGGGUUACUAGCCACCUGAAAAUUCUGACAGGAGGAGAACCACAGGUGAAAGACCAGACCUUCAAUAAGGAAGAAAAACUAUUCAGAAGUUUAGAAAAGACUGUGAAAUUUUGUGUGAAGAAUAUUUCAUUCUCCCUUCAACAUCUGCAGGAUUCCAUGCUUCUAGCGGCACAGAAUAUAACUGAACUACAAGGUAUUUUACACAACAAAGAUGAUGAAGGCAAUGGCUGUUCAAAAAUGCCAAAUAACAUUGGAAACCCUCGGGAAGGCUUUGUGGACCAACUGGAAAAGCUGGUUUUAACCCCUCUCUCGGCUCUACAGGCCUUGUUUCCAGGCCCCCAGAAGCUUAUCCAGAAGCGUUAUGACAAGCUGCUGGAUUACAAUGGCUGCCUUCAAAGGACUGCAGGAGACGAACUGGAUCUGGCAAAGAAGGACUAUGAGGCUCUCAACGCGCAGCUCGUGGAGGAACUUCAGGUGUUCAACAGGACAGCCAAGAAGAUUGUGAUGAACUGUCUGCAUUGCUUCAUAACAGUCCUCAGGGACAUGAUGUGCUCAGCAUUUCAAUCAUACUCGACCAUUGUGGUGCCUGUUCCGCUGUCUUCCUCAAGCAUCUGUGAAGUGCAAAAUCAGUUGAUGGAAGAGUUUCACAAUCUAAAUUUUGUAAAAGAAAACAGCAGUGCAACAUUUAUUGAGAGAAAACUGAGCUUUGAAAAGAAGAAAUCUGCCCCAAUCCAACCUGAAUCUCCACGUCAGACAGAGAGCCAAAGAUCCAAGCUACAGUCUACAAACAGCACCGAGUCACUCUAUCAAGCUAAGCGCAAAUGCAAUGCCACACAGGAAUUGGAUAUUGAUUUAUAUGAAGGUGAACUGGUGGCUGUUGUUGAGCAGAAGGAUCCCUUUGGAAGUACAAGCAGGUGGCUUGUUGACACAGGAGUUCUUAAAGGGUAUGUGUAUUCCUCCUUCCUGAAGCCCUACAAUCCAACCAAGGUGCAGAAGGAUGUAGCAGAAACCAGUUUCUGUGAUGAUGAUUUCGAUAACAUCAGCCUUUUUGUCUCUUCACGGCCUACCAAUGAUAGCAGUGCAAGAAGUUUAGGACAUAAGAGGAGUGACAGCAGUUCGUCUAAUAAUAGCCAGUGUGAAAAACCUGCUAUUAACGGGACAGAACCUGAGCCUGAUGUGGAUGAUCAACAUACUUUCUAUGCUGUUUAUGCAUUUCAAGCAAGAAGCCAUCAGGAACUCAGUCUUCAGGAGUACCAGCGAGUUCGAAUACUUCAGUUUUCUGAUCUGAGUGGCAAUAAAGAAUGGUGGUUAGCAGAAGCCAAAGGACAGACAGGCUAUGUACCUGCCAACUAUCUUGGGAAGAUGACAUAUGCCUAGGAACAGAAAGGAUUGUGGGGACUAGUUUCUCUGAAAUAGGGACUCAUAGUCAUAAUAAUAAUCUGUUAUAAUUUACAGCAAGCAGGGGAAACACACGAGUGAUUGAUAACCCAGCUGUAAUAUUUGGAGAGCUACACAGGCUAUGCUGAGAACUCCUAUGUGCUAAAAGCUAUUACAUUGUCAAGACCUGAGGAAGAGAAAGUGUUUAACAAGAUUCUCUCUGAUGAACAUCCUGAAAUGCUUGCUGUUUCUUUACCCAUUCAUUUAUGAAUUAUGGUACUAAGUCAGGAGUUAACACACAAAUACAAGCAUAGCUAAGCUUUCUAGGGGUGUUUCUUCAUCAUAAUAAAUGAACAGUAUAGAAACCCAAGAGAAUUAAUUUUUGAAAAGGACAGAUUGUGACUUCAGAGUUGCUGCAGAGACUCUGUUGUUCAGACUGAGAUGACUAUUCCUUCCCAAAAUCUUAUUAAUUGCUCAGAACUUUACUUUUUGGGCUGCGGACAUAUACAGAAAGUCAUCUGAGCCACUUUUCAAUCAUUAGAGAUGAAAACUGUUGUCUUUCAUGUUGGAAGAACAUUGUCCUUUUUUGUACUUGAUAAUUCAAAAAAGGGCUAUUUUAAAACUUUACAUUUGGCAAGUACCGUGAGACAUGCAUGUUGCCAAAUUUGGAAUAAUAAAAAAAAGCUUGUUGAGAAAUAAGCAAGUUAUCUUUUGACAAUGACAUAUGUAUCAGAUACAAUAUGUAAUUUUUCAUAACUUAAAUAUGUACCAUAUAGCUCCAGAUAUAUGCCCCACUAAUACGUUUAUAUUUGGAGACCUGCACAUUGACAAAUCCAGCUUUUUUUUCAGUCAUUAGGCUUUAAAAUAAAACCAAGAGGUGCCUUUGUUUGAAUGCCUUAUUGCAGUGGUUUUCAACCUGAAGUCUGUGGACCCUAGCAGUCCGCAGACUAUAGCUAAGAGGUCUGGUAAAAUAAAUGUUUAGAUCUCAGAAAAGGUAUUCCAUUUUUCUGAUCAAUUAAAAGUAUGUGAAUACUCCCACCUACAGGUCAAAACCUAGAAGUGUUGUUGUUGCCACUAAAGCCCACACUUUAGCACCUUUUUAUGUUGUGUCCAAUGCCAUGCUGAGCAGAUGCAACAUUUACUGAUGAAUUCUAUUCAGUCAGUUUUCAGUUUAAAGACUUCCAUGGUCCUGGUCCGUGGGCCACAGGCUGAAUUUCCUGAGGAGUUCACAUUUCUAUUUUAAAUAUUUUAGGGGAACAUAAAUAAAAAAAGAUUGAAAACCUCUCCUUUAUUGCUUAUGUGACCCUGAGAUAACAGUGCCUUGAGAAAGUUCAUUUAGGUGUCAGGACUCAUGGUGUGGUACAGUGUCUCCUUCAAGUACAUUCAUUAGUCUUGGAGUAGGUGACUAUUAGAUUGGAGGGUGGAAACAACUAAUUGUAUUUGUGCAAUAAUUAGACUUUUUAGUGUUUGUAGGAUGAGAGGCUAGAACACAGAAAUACAAAAUUAUGAGGAAAAAGGUGACCACUGCAGGACUGCUCUUAUAAGUCCCUCUUCAUUACACACUGGAAAGACUUCUCUGGAUUACAAAAAUCACCAGGUCAGACCUAUAGCCCCCCUCUGACUUGAAAUGGUGACUUACCAACAUAUAAGCCCUUGUCAGGUGUUUUCUGUCUUACAUCAUUGAUAAAUAUAUUGUGACAUAGGCAACAGUUAGAAUAAAGCCACGGACUGCAUGUUUCCUGAUCCUGUAGUCCAAAUGUAGAGUUUAAAGGUAAAAUGAAUGAAACCAUUUACAAGGAUUCAGAACAACAAAAAACAAACAAAACCCCCCAAAAACAGGAGACUGUCAGUGAAGGUAGGAGAGAGGCUAGGAUUGCUCAGGAAGUGUAAAGAGGUCUGUUAAAAGAAAAAACUAGCUUUAAUUUUUCUAAGAAAGGAAGAGAAACUUGUGGAACUCUCAGAAGAGCAGAGGCAUGGCAGGUCACAAAGGAACUUUAGUCUUUUAUACAUUGUAUGAAGAAAAGGCUUGAGAGUUCAUUGCCAUGGACGUAGAUUUCGUAUUUGAACUUCUGUGAUCUGCCACAAUCUAAAUGAUCGAUAAUUAACUAUAUGGUUAUGCUGCCUUAUUUGUGGUGCACAGCAUCGUACCAAACUAUUGCAAUUUCUGUGACUGGAAUGCUCCCAUCCUAGUCCACCUGUUUAAAAUGCAGUCGGUAUUGUAAAUAAUAUUACCUUUAUGUGAAGUAAAAUACAAAACCCCUUUGGGUUGGAUGGUUAUGUCAGCUUGGUGCUGUGCAAUCUUCAUUAUACUUAAUGGGUACUACAGGCCUUAAAGGCCCAUGCAUAGAGUUGAAUAUACUCCAAUAAUAAAUUGCACUAAUUUUGUCUACCGAUAAAAAUUGCUCAGAACUUGAAAUAAAAAAUCUUGUUAUGGGAAAGAUCCCCAGCAAGAAGUUUUCCAGCACCUCUUAUAUUUAAAUAUAUCUUAGAGAGGAUCUGCUAUCUGCAGUUGCUGCAAACUGUUUUAAAGUGGCUGAACUGUGUGCAAUAGGUUUAAUAAGCUCCUACAAACACAGUGAUGAAGCUUUGUAUGCUAGGGACUGUAGUUAAAUGAAAGAACUAGGGAGCAAGAUAUUUAAAAGGGACCAGUGAUUUUGAAUGGUUCUGGGUGUGGGUGCCCAGCAUGAGGUCUCUGUCUUGAUUCCACAGAGAAUGAAGGACUGCGCUCUAGUACUAAAGGAUGGGCUUUUCAAAGGAACCAGAGGGAGCUGUCCAUCUAAGCCCUAUGGAAUUUCAUAGGAUUUGGAAGCCUAUUUCCUCAGGCCCUUUUGAAAACCACAGCCUUAGCGGCUGGUGCCUAGAAUAUAUAUUUUAUAUUUUAGAAUAAAAAUAAUCUGUGCAUCUUGAAUUAUAUCCACUUUCUUCCAUCAACCACAAUCACUUUGGACUUUUACUGUAAUGUACUCAGUAUUGACUCAUGGGAUCGACUUUGAUCAUGUCUGAACUCUUGUUUAAACUCUUUUAAAUUAAUGAAAAUAUAUUUAUUUUGCCAACUUUUAUGUGUUUUUUAAAUUAAUAAAUUCAAGCCAAGAGCAUUGCCAAGAUGAUGAGAAGUUGUCUGAAUUCAUGUCUUGCCUACACUAAAGGAAUUUAACAAAAAUUCUAAUGAGUAGAUCUAGUUAAAUGCUUAAAUUAAAACAUCACCGACUUAUCUACAUUAGGGCUCCCUACACUGCUAACAAUGGAAGUGAACUGGUUUUAGUAAAGGUGUGAUUUGGGAGUGGGAAGACAAUUUUUUCUAAUGCAGACAAGACUACAGUAUUCAAAGGGCCUGUUCCUGUUAAUAACAAAACUCUGUUGCCAGAGGCAUGUAGAUUAGGCUACCAGACAUAGGAAAAUGAAG